UUCACGUCACUUAUCCACCACAAUAUUUUCUCUCUUGCUUGAUCGAAUCCCACUUCAGAUAAUCCGAUGGCCACCGCCCCUCUCCCACCCUCCUCCACCGCCACCGCCACCGCCGCCGCGGGCCGCCACCUACCCUCCACCAGGCCCCCUCCUCCCUACAGCCUCCCCCUCACACUUACGCCGCCGAGAACCAGCUCCAACAGGCCGGUAACUAAACUCCGAGUGUCCUCCUCCUCCGAAACCGCCGCCGCCGCCGCCGCCGCCGCAGCCAAGCCGAAGGAGGAGACCAUCUUCUUCGACGGCGGGGCCCACUACGGCGACCUGGUGGCGAACCUCCUCCUCGGGUUCACGCUGCUGUGGCUGCCGCUGACGCUGGCGGCGGUGUCGCGGGCGUUCUACCUCCGGUACCGGUUCACGAACCUGCGGGUGACGGUGGUGUCGGGGCUGACGGGGCAGGACCGGAGCGACUUCUCGUACCAGGUGAUCAAGGACGUCCAGGUGGUGCCGCGGUUCAUCGGCGAGUGGGGCGACAUCGUGAUUACGCUGAAGGACGGGACCAAGGUCGACCUCCGGAGCGUGCCCAAGUUCCGGGAGAUCGCCAAGUACUGUCUGGCCAUGGCCAAGAAGCCCGUCGUCUUGAAGGAGAAGGGCUCUAAAGGUUUUUAAGCGAGGAAGAAGUUAGAAUUCGACUUUAUUGGAGGAACAAAUUUAUUUCCAUGAAUUGCCUCAUUUGAUUCAAGAAACUUGUGGACUCAAAGUCAGAGGAAAAAGUGCGUUUAUUUACGGUCUUAUCUAAGUAAUCGUGUCGUUUAAGUAAGGAUCUGAUUAUGAUUAAUCGCUUAAGUAUGGUAUGCUCCUAGUUCACCCUAA